GCCGUUGAAAUGCGAUCCAAUGGACUCAAUGCCAGCAUUAUUGCCUUUUGGCAGGCUUCAGCUUAUCCAGCCAUAAGAAUACACAAGGCUCACAUUAUUUGCUCCGUUCUAUUCUUCCUCUCAUUCCCCUGCAAACUCCUCUCUUGCCCAUUGUCAACAUUGAGGUCUGAAAGAUGACAAUCUUGGUUAUCUCGGUGGACCUGCAAUGCUGCCGCUGCCGAGCCAAGAUCACCAGGGUCCUGGACUGCCUCAAAGAGGAUUUCUGCAUCGAGAAGGUGGAGUUCGAGGAGAAGAUCAACAAGGUGAUUGUACGCGGCAAGUUCAGCGGCGAGAAGCUCUCCAAGAAGAUCCGCUACAAGGCCGGCAGAUGCGUCAAGGAGAUCAUCAUCGUCGAGGUCUGGCCGCCGCCACCGCCGCCGCCGCCGCCGCCACCGCCACCGCCGCCACCGCCACCGCCGCCGCCGCCGCCGCCGCCCAAACCAGAGGUCAAGGUGGUGCCGUACCCGUACCCGGUGCCGUACCCCUUGUCGUCCCAGAGCUGGCCGUGCCCGUACCCACCUCCGCAGCCGUGGUGCCCGUGCCCGCCGCACCAGGAGUGCCACUGCUCCAAGCCGCUGCCGCCGCCGCAGCCGAAGCCUAAGCCGCCUCCGUGCUCGUGCUCCAAGGAUGACGACAAACACGACGGAUGCAGCUGCGGCGGCGAUAAGCCGACAAGGCCGCCGUGCCACCAUUGCGGCGGGAGGCCGCCAUGGCCGCCGUGCAGCUGCGGUGCCAAGCCGCCGAUCUGCUGGCCGCCGCCGCCGGGGGCCUACCCGCCGUGGUGGUGCGACGUGGUCACCGAGGAGAACCCGGGGUGCUCCAUCAUGUGACAAAUAAAAUGGUUCUUAGCAGCCUACUGCAGGCUGUUAGCCUGUUACUGCUGCCAUCAGCACUUUCCUCUGCCCGGGCUUCGAUUUAAUUUCCUCCUCGGAAAUCGCAAUAAUCCGACACUAGUCGGUGCCAUUCGUGUUCGUUGUGAAGCUUAAUUUUGUGCUUGGUCUGGUCCUCGCCGCCUUGUGUCAUUUAUUUAUUUGGGUUGUUGUGCAGUACUGCAGUGUGUGUAUGUGUGUGUCGUGCCUUGAACUUCGUCUUCAUUUUUUUUUCCUUCAAAAAUUUGUAACACUGAUGUAUUCAUUCGAAGAUGUUAAAUAAUGUUCGUCACAGUAUGAGUUCCAUCUA